GUAGCUAUCGUUUCGAUCCGAGAGAAACCUCGAAAAGAAAAGAACCACUGUUACCCACACUCGUCGGUAGAAGAGGCUGUCGACGCAACUUGCCACGCAAUACUCGAAAGUAGAGCAACAACAAAAGGGAUAACGCCAUAGCAAAGAAGGAGGCCGCAUUGUUGCCGCUUCCAUAUUUAGCCGUUUGAUUCUUCACGUAGGAAAACGCUUAGAACUCCGAGUAGUACUAGUAUCCGUUUCUCUGUCACCCUAAUCAUACAAUCGUAGCCGCCAAUACACAUCAAAAGGAAAGGCACUUCUACCGCACAAGCACCUGCGAAUAGGAGCAUCAUGUUUCGCCUCACCAAAGGUCGGCGCAUGAAGCCGUUCCUGCACAUCCUCUCUCCCGGUAGCAGGCCGUCUGAGAAGGGUAUGCUGUACCGCAACAACUACAUGAACGCACACGCACGCGUCGCGACGAUUCAAGAGGCGCAGCGCACACCGCGGGAGCGCCAACAGCUCAUGAUGCUGACCAUCCCGGACCAAACUAUGGCGUUCGGCGUCGUGAUGGUGACCGCCAUGAUUGCCAUCAUUUUGGCGCUGCGUCAGCAGCCGUACUCGGUGAAUAUGCCCAAAAACCGCUGGAUGAGCGGUGGUUUGAAUCAGCAUGAGCAGUACGAGCGCAACGACGAAAUGGGUAAGAUUUUUGAUAUGCACAAGGAGGCGGUGGACAACACACGUAGGGAGAUUGAGCGGCCGGAGGUGCUUCGCGCCCCUCAGGGUUACGAGAGUCCGUCGGGCGUGUACUCGUAA